AUGACGAAUGAGAAGCUUGACGGCGAGCACUAUCAGCCUAAAAUUUCGGAGCGAUUCGCAGCACCAGCGACGACGUCGAACCUCAUCGACAUCACGACGGCCGCCGCAGCAGCAGCCGCCGACGACGACGAUAGGAAUCAACAGCUAACGAAGGGUGUAGCACUGAAAAGAUCUCUGGAAGAGCACGCACCGAGUGCCAGCGGGCCGGAACCGAAGAAAAUGGCUGCGAGUCAAACCGUGAUACCUGGUGUACAGCCCCCUAUGCCCUCGAAUUCCGUAUCGGAGGAAUGGUCCGUACCAGAUAAGAUGGUUGGACUCAUCAUAGGAAGAGACGGAAAACAGAUAUCGCGGCUCCAGCAUGAGACGAGCUGCAAGGUUCAACUUUCGUCCGAAUCAAACGGUACUCCGGAAAGGCCUUGUGUACUCAUAGGAACAAAACAGGCCGUCGAGAAGGCCAAGGAAAUGAUUUCAGCUCUUAUUAGCCGUGGACAGGAAACCUCGCACAAAGCCGGAUCGAUGAAUGGUGGUCCGGGCCAGGGAGAAAUCGUAGAGGAUAUGCCAUGCCCAGCAAGUAAAGCAGGACUCGUAAUUGGACGUAACGGCGAAACGAUCCGGAAUCUGCAGAGUCGUGCCGGCGUGAAAAUGGUAUUGCUGCAGGACAAUCCCGGAAACAGUCCUAACGCCGAGAAGCCUAUUCGCAUCACCGGAGAGCCCCAUAAGGUGGAAUUGGCGAAGAAAAUGAUCCGCGACCUGAUCAGCGGCUCGCUUCAAAACGGCGGCGGCGGCGGCCGCUUCGGUGGAAGCCACAUGGACCGCGGUUUUCCAGGCGUGGGAGGCUCCAUGGGACCGACGCCGGUGCCCGGUGAGCCUGGAUCGAUGCAGGAGCAACUUCUUGUACCGCAACAGGCUGUUGGAGUUGUGAUUGGCAAGCACGGUGAAAUGAUCAAGCGCAUCCAACACGAAACCGGGGCACGCGUUCAGUUCCAAGGCACUCCAGACGAAACUCAUCCCGAUCGAAUUUGUGUCAUAACCGGACAAAGUAAUCAGGUUCUCGGAGCGUGCAGUAAAAUAUCCGAUCUCAUCACAUCUGUACUGCAACGAGACGAUGAAAUAGGCGGUCACACUUUUGGAUUGGGAAGAGGUGCGCUGAGUCGCGGUGGAGGACGUGGUGCGGGACGUGGUGGUUUCCGCGGGGGUCGCGGGGGUGGUCGGGGAGGCCCCAUGUCGGGAAUGGGCGGGCCGAUGAGUGGUUUGUCGUCACCGACCGGAUUGCCGGACGAGACAGAGAUACAGUAUCCGGUACCCGCCUCGAAGUGCGGUCUCGUCAUCGGUAAAGGCGGCGAGACGAUUCGGUCCAUCAUGAAUGCCAGCCGUGCGUACGUCGAGCUGUGCAGAGUCGCAGAUCCAAAUGCGGCCGAUAGGUUCUUCAUAAUUCGGGGGAGCCCGCAAUCCAUCGAGUCGGCUCGACAGCUGAUCUCUGAGAAAAUCGGGAGCGCCAAUAUGAUGAGCCCCUCGAACGGAACUCCAAGUGGAUAUCAACCCAGCUACGGGGGACAGUAUCCGCAAGCUACCAACCAGUAUGCUUCGGUUGCACCGACGUCCGCUCAACAGGCCUGGACGCAAGCAUAUCAACAGAGCGCGAACGGCAGCGCUCAAUGGGGCCAACCUCCUGCGGCAGCAACGCCGAACGGCGAUAUGAAUAAGACAGAACAACCCACAUGGGCGGCGUUCUAUCAGUACUCCUACACUCAGCAGGGGGGCAAUCCCCAGCAGGCCGGCCAACAACCCGGUCCACCUGCAGCUUCGCCUGGCGCGAGCAAUAACAGCGCGCCGGCAUCCACAAAUGCGGCCGGCACUGCGGACUACAGCCAAGCCUGGAUCGAGUACUACAGGCAAUUGGGAAUGUUCCACGAGGCUGAUUGUAUCGAGCGGCAAAUGCGGGGAAAUGCUACUGUGUCUCCUGUCGCCCAACAACAGGCGGCCGCUCCGAAUGGUCCGACCGGUGUUGCUCAGAACGGUGCCGCGUGGGGUGCCUCUCCCUAUGGGACGCAAGCGACCACGUACGGUGCAGCGCAAUCCGCACCGACACCUUACAGCACUUACGGAUAUCCCAACGCAUAAGUCUCUCCCCCCCUCACA